UCUAAGAACAUUAAAAAUUAAAAAUAAAUAACGUUUUCGUAAGAAAACUGAAUUAUAAUGUUCUAUGCGCAUGCGCAGAAGCCAUGAGAUUUUUUCUCAUGGCCAGAGUAAAUAAGGUGAGUCAAAACACCCAUGUCCUGAAGGGUUAAACCAAAAUAAAUGCAUAAUUCCGUAGAAAAAGAUAAAAAGCGUAGGUAGAAAGAAAAAAAAAAAAAGAUUUUCAACCUCCAAAAUAUACUUUUUAAAAUUUUUAAAUUUAAACUUGUGAAGAAUAAUUCUCACAAGAACUUACCAUCAAUCAAAUAAUUUUAACCAAUAUAUUAAACAAAAUUAGACUUAUUAACACAUUCUAAAUGUAUUUACGAAAUCUGAAAAAAACAAAUAGUUUAUAACCUCUACGAAUUUGGUUUUUCAAUUAAAUUAAAAUAAUAACAAACGUGAGCAUAUAUGUUUUUUUUUUUUUUGAUGAUUUUAAAAUGUAAAAAAGAAAUAAUAAAAGCCUUUGGGAAGUCCUUAGGUGGCCUUGAUUUUUUGUUAUGGUAUAGCAGAUCCAUCUAGUUUAAAUAAUAUGACAACAUCAGUCAAAAAAGUCAAAAACCGAGCAACAGCAUCUGUUGCUGAGAAAUUAUUCUUUAUUACCAACUCUAUAGAGAACAACAAGCACCAAGUGUCGAAACUGCGGUUGAAACCGAGUGACCAUAAAAUAAUGACAGAAACUUGUAAAAUAAAUAUUAAUAAUACAAAAAAAUUAAAUGAGUUGGAAAAUAAACAACGUAUUAUUGACAAAGCACCGUUUGAUCAUCUGAAAAUAAAUGAUCCAAGUGUUUUGGAUGAUGUUCAAGGCAGAGAAAUAUGUGGAAAAUGUUUUAAAUCACGUAAAUUCUUCUGUUACACUUGCUACACUCCAGUUAUUGACUCCAAGUAUUUUCCACGUGUUAAGUUGCCGAUAAAAAUUGAUAUAAUUAAGCAUCGUAAGGAAAUAGAGGGAAAAAGUACAGCUAUUCAUGCUGCUAUUUUAGCUCCAGAAGAUGUUACUAUUUAUAUCUAUCCAGACUUUCCAAUUUUUACACCGAAUGAUAAGGUAGUAUUAAUAUUUCCUGGUAAAAAUGCCAUUAGUAUUGAUGAUUUACUGUCGAAAAGAUUGAAUAAAGAAAAUAAAUCUGAUGAUACAACAGAAGACGAUUAUUAUCCAAUAACCCGAGCAAUAUUUAUUGAUAGUACAUGGCAACAAACCAAGUCAAUAUACAAGGAUCCAAGACUUCGUGAACUUCCUUGUGUGGUUUUCAGUUCUAGAAUAUCACAAUUUUGGAGGCAUCAAAAGAAAAGCCCUCGCUGGUAUUUGGCGACUAUUGAGGCAGUUCAUACAUUUUUAGUUGAAUUGCAUAAAAAAACAUAUGGCGCUAUCGAAAAUUACAAUAUUAAACAAGUAAAUACAGAUGAUGAAAAAUACUCUGGCCAAUAUGAUAAUUUAUUGUACAUUUUUAAAUAUAUGUAUCACAAAAUACAUACUAUUUAUGACCAUGAUCAGUUAAGAGCUUAUAAAAGACCAUUGAUAUAAAUAAUAAAAAUUUAUUUAUUACA